AUGAGCUCCAGAUUUUCUGCAGCGCGCCCAAAACGAGGCGGCGAGGCCUUCGCCCGCACCCAUCACGCCGAGGACCAAGACGGCCCCUCCAAGAAACCAAAGUUCGAUAUUCGCAAUCCCUCUGCCCUUGCAGCUGAUGCCCCCGAGGAGGAUGCAAUUCUGGAAGCAGAUGUCAUAGCCGUUUCAGGAGCAGGAACAAAGCGUGGCGCAGUCAAUAUUGACGGCUUCGACAGCGACUCCGAGAACGAAGGCUUUGAUGGCAGGGCGGAGGAGCGCGCGAGAGCGAGGAAGGGAAAGGGAGAAGUUAGCUUUGCAGAGGCACUAGAUGGCUACUCUAAAGAUGGGCAAAACAAAAAGAAUGGAGUCGACGAGGAUGAGGAUGAAGAUAUGUUUGCGGAUUUGGAAGAAGAUGACGGGGAUGGUGAGGAGGGAUUGAAUGCGAGGAAGAGGAAAAAAAAGGCAGUUAGAUUUUUGGAGGCAGACGAGAUUGAGGGCCAAGUCGAAAAUAGCAAAUCCGGUGGCCAUGUUUCUUCAAACUUUGCACUGGAUCCGAAUGGCAAGCUAUCUUCACACGCAAUGGAUGACCAGGAGAGCAGCGAUGACGAAGAUGAUGCAGCAUUAGCUGCAGAAGAAGAGGGUAUUGACGAAGAGGUGGGAGCUGGAGGCCUUAAAAGAAACGCCCCGAAAGUCGACGCAUUCAACAUGAAAGCAGAGCAGGAAGAGGGACGCUUCGAUGAUGCCGGAAAUUUUGUCCGCAAGGCACAGGACCCAGAAUCAAAACAUGAUUCCUGGCUGGAAGGCAUCAACAAGAAGGACAUGAAAAGAGCCGCUGAAGCUCACGAAAAGCGAGAGGCAGAAAGACGGCAAAAGCGACUGGAAGAUGAUGCCCUUCUCCUACCAGAUAUCCUACGAACACUUAUUUUGCAUCUUGAAAAAGGAGAAACGGUUCUAGAAGCUCUGGCACGCCUAGGCAAAUCUCAAACGAAAACGAAGAAAGUUCCCAAAUGGAAGCUCAAGAGGCAAAAGGGAAUUGAGGACGUCGUUGACACCGACGUCCCUGAAGACCCAGUGCAGACCAAAAUCAAAGAAGCCGUAAACUCAAUCACCGGAGCUGCCGACCAGCUUUUGACCAGAGGACAGACUGAGAUCUACGAGCAAGAACGUGAGAUGCUGAUUCGCCAGUACAAAAAAGAAACUGGUGAAGAUUGGGUGGAGCCUUCAGCCGGUGAUGAGGCUCGGAAUCUGGUUGAUGGCAUAAAGCCUGCCAUCAUAUGGGAGUAUAGGUGGACAGACGGGAGAGACGGAGACGUCAAACAAGGUCCUUAUGAUGGGGCUACUAUGGCAGCCUGGCAGGGUGCAGGAUAUUUUGGAGAAGGUGUUGAAUUUAGGAGAGUUGGUGAUGAAAAAGCUUGGAGUCGGGUUGUGAAAUUUGUAUGA